CUGCGUCCCCGCGCGCGGCCGGGCCAGGUAGGAACGCGGAGCCGCAGCCGCCUCGGUCAUGCGGUUGCCGGACCGGAGGCCUGGGCUGGGGCCCGCGCCACCCCCCGCGCGCCGUCCCCGCUGAGCCCGCGCCCAACUGGGCGCAGCAGGCACCAUGGUGCAGAAGUCGCGCAACGGUGGCGUGUACCCCGGCACUAGCGGGGAGAAGAAGCUCAAGGUGGGCUUCGUGGGGCUGGACCCGGGCGCGCCCGACUCCACUCGCGACGGCGCGCUGCUCAUCGCCGGCUCCGAGGCCCCCAAGCGCGGCAGCGUUUUGAGCAAGCCGCGCGCGGGCGGUGCGGGAGCCGGGAAGCCCCCGAAGCGCAACGCCUUCUACCGAAAGCUGCAGAAUUUCCUCUACAACGUGCUGGAGCGGCCCCGCGGCUGGGCGUUCAUUUACCACGCCUACGUGUUUCUCCUGGUCUUCUCCUGCCUCGUGCUUUCCGUAUUCUCCACCAUCAAGGAGUACGAGAAGAGCUCAGAGGGGGCCCUCUACAUCUUGGAAAUCGUGACCAUCGUGGUGUUUGGCGUUGAGUACUUUGUGAGGAUCUGGGCCGCAGGCUGCUGCUGCCGGUACCGAGGCUGGAGGGGAAGGCUCAAGUUUGCCAGGAAGCCGUUCUGUGUGAUUGACAUCAUGGUGUUGAUCGCUUCCAUUGCUGUGCUGGCUGCUGGCUCCCAGGGAAAUGUCUUUGCCACUUCUGCACUCCGGAGCCUGCGGUUCCUGCAGAUCUUACGGAUGAUCCGUAUGGACCGGAGGGGCGGCACCUGGAAGCUCCUGGGAUCGGUGGUGUAUGCUCACAGUAAGGAGCUGGUGACUGCCUGGUACAUUGGCUUCCUCUGCCUCAUCCUGGCCUCGUUUCUGGUGUACUUGGCCGAGAAGGGUGAGAAUGACCACUUUGACACCUAUGCAGAUGCACUCUGGUGGGGCCUGAUCACCCUGACGACCAUUGGCUACGGGGACAAGUACCCUCAGACCUGGAAUGGGAGGCUGUUGGCAGCGACGUUUACCCUCAUUGGUGUCUCCUUCUUCGCUCUUCCCGCAGGCAUCUUGGGAUCUGGCUUUGCUCUGAAAGUCCAGGAGCAGCAUCGGCAAAAACACUUUGAGAAGCGGCGGAACCCUGCGGCAGGUCUGAUCCAGUCUGCCUGGAGAUUCUAUGCUACUAACCUCUCACGCACCGACCUGCACUCCACGUGGCAAUACUACGAGCGCACAGUCACUGUCCCCAUGUACAGCUCGCAAACUCAAACCUAUGGGGCCUCCAGACUCAUCCCGCCUCUGAAUCAGCUGGAGCUACUGCGGAACCUCAAGAGCAAAUCUGGACUCACCUUCAGGAAGGAGCCACAGCCAGAGCCAUCACCAAGUAAAGGCAGACCGUGCCGAGGGUGCCUGUGUGGAUGCUGCCCCGGACACUCUAGUCAGAAGGUCAGUUUGAAAGAUCGUGUCUUCUCCAGCCCCCGAGGUGUGGCUGCCAAGGGGAAGGGGUCUCCCCAGGCCCAGACGGUCCGGCGGUCCCCCAGUGCUGACCAGAGCCUCGACGACAGCCCAAGCAAGGUGCCCAAGAGCUGGAGCUUUGGCGAUCGCAGCCGGGCACGCCAGGCCUUCCGCAUCAAGGGUGCCGCAUCCCGGCAGAACUCGGAAGAAGCAAGCCUCCCCGGGGAGGACAUUGUGGAGGACAACAAGAGCUGUAACUGCGAGUUUGUGACUGAAGAUCUCACCCCUGGCCUCAAAGUCAGCAUCAGAGCUGUGUGCGUUAUGCGGUUCUUGGUAUCUAAGCGGAAGUUCAAGGAGAGUCUGCGCCCAUAUGACGUGAUGGAUGUCAUCGAACAGUACUCAGCUGGACACUUGGACAUGUUGUCCCGCAUCAAGAGCCUGCAGUCCAGGCAAGAGCCCCCGCCUGUCCAGUCUGGGCAUGAACAGGGCCCUCCGGGACAAAACCAGGCGUGGCACAAGGGGCACCAAGGGCUGGGUGACAGGAUAGAUAUGAUUGUGGGCCCCCCACCCCCUUCAACUCCCCGGCACAAGAAGUACCCUACCAAAGGACCCACGGCCCCUUCGAGAGAGUCACCCCAGUACUCACCUAGAGUGGACCAGAUUGUGGGGCGGGGCCCAACGAUAACGGACAAGGACCGCACCAAAGGCCCAGCGGAGACGGAGCUGCCGGAAGACCCCAGCAUGAUGGGACGGCUUGGGAAGGUGGAGAAACAGGUCUUAUCCAUGGAAAAGAAGCUAGACUUCCUGGUGAGCAUCUACACGCAGCGGAUGGGCAUCCCACCAGCAGAGACAGAGGCCUAUUUUGGGGCCAAGGAACCUGAGCCGGCACCACCCUACCACAGCCCAGAGGACAGCCGCGACCACGCAGACAAGCAUGGCUGCAUCAUCAAGAUCGUCCGCUCCACCAGCUCUACAGGCCAGAGGAACUACGCUGCACCCCCAGCCAUGCCCCCUACCCAGUGUCCUCCAUCCACCUCGUGGCAGCAGAGCCACCAGCGCCACGGCACCUCCCCUGUGGGAGACCAUGGCUCGCUGGUACGCAUCCCACCACCCCCUGCACACGAGCGGUCGCUGUCUGCCUACGGUGGGGGCAACCGGGCCAGUACCGAAUUCCUGAGGCUGGAGGGCGCCCCAGCCUGCAGGCCCCCUGAGGGUGCCCUGCGGGAUAGCGACACAUCCAUCUCCAUCCCAUCUGUGGACCAUGAGGAGCUAGAGCGCUCUUUCAGUGGCUUCAGCAUCUCCCAGUCCAAGGAGAACCUGGAUGCCCUAGGCAGCUGUUAUGCAGCUGUGGCGCCAUGUGCCAAGGUCAGGCCCUACAUUGCAGAGGGGGAGUCUGACACAGACUCAGACCUCUGCACACCAUGUGGGCCUCCCCCACGCUCUGCCACCGGUGAGGGCCCCUUUGGAGAUGUGGGUUGGGCAGGGCCCAGGAAGUGAGACUGGGCUGGGCUGCUGGGCCCCCCCAUGCCACACCCACUCUGGUUCCUGGUUUGGAGCUGGAGUUCCAGGGCCUUUCCUAAAGUGACAGAAGGAAUAGAGUAGUGUGGGUUCGUGAGGGUGCUCUUGGGAUCUGGCUCUCAGGGUUCGUGUGGAGUGGAGAUGAGGCAGGGCUCCUUGGCACACACGGUACCGUUUUAUAGAAGUUCUUUUCCAACCAGGAGGGGGAGGUUGAGGCUGGGCCCUGGAGGCCCCAGGAGCUACCUAUGGCAGCAAAGGUGUCCCUGCCCAAUCUUCUUGGGGGACAGAUACUGCCCUGUGAGUGAGGAGCAGCAGAGUGAUGGUGGCAUCUGUAAGUGGGGGUGUGGCGGGGAUCAAGUACAAGGGAGGGCGUGGUAAAGCAGGUCUGUCUACUACUGAUGGCCGGUCCGGAGGCCCAUGGGUCUCCCAGUUUAGGCUGGGAGCUCAGGAGGUACAGUAGGUGGCUGGGAAUGGCCCACUCUCACACCUGACUGCUUACCCCUCAGUUCCUGACUGCCCCAGUAAAAGCGUUACCAGG